GUCCGCAACAGUCUCGUACGGUUCUCUCAGGCCAGGAGCUUCGCCGGCGAUCGCAGACGGCUGAACCUCGCUAUCUCCAUCCCUACCAUCUGGACUGUUCCACCUCCGCAGGCUUUCGUAGAUUUUCUUUCUACCCUUUACCACCCUUUCCAUCGUUCUCCUAUCCUUUUGUCUAAUCCUAUCCUUGUACAAAAUUCGCGAUAUUAUUUCUGGAUUGAAGCGCUGAUCAGUUUGGGCGUGAAAGGUCUCGAGUAUCUCUUCAGGGGAUGGCGUGCUCCCCGAGGAUUGCGUCUCCAGCGACGGUGAAAUCGAGGAUGCACCCGUCACUGAUGUCGGUGACGGUGGUCUCACGGUGGCGGUGGUGGUGGUGAUGGUUGUUGUGGUGGUGGUGGUGGUGGUGCUGGUGAAGAAGAAGAAGAAGAGGAAGAAGAAGAGGAAGAAGAAAACGACGGAUAUAUUGGUGGGGGCAACUCUUCGCUACUCCGACUGGUGGGGGUAAGGCAACACUCAAAGAUCGUGGUGACGUAGUUCUGGCAGGAACGCGACGCGUUUUUGUCCACGUAGCAAGAAAAGAGGACUUUUCUAUACGCCUCGCCUGUGCCUUACAUGGUUAGUACUUUUGGGAGAGAGGAAGAAAAGGAGAGAAAGACGGAAGUCGAGGGAGAAGAAAGAAAGAAAAACACCUUGGAACUUGGAGCGACAGAGAAGAAGACGGAGAAGGUACCAGCGGACGCGAGAGAGAAAGGGAGAGAGUGACCGGGGUGGGGGAAAAAGAGGGGGCAAAUGGUCCGCGGGACCGGAAGUCAACGCUCCUCUUCCGGGUCUUCCUCGAAUCGCGGGCUCCUUUUUCGCGGUUCCGAGGACGUGUCUCCAGCGAAGGGGCAUCCCCGAUCGCCCCCGAGCACCUUCAGUGCGAUACGAUCAUGAGGAUCAAGCGUGCACCGCGAUCGUCGUGGCCGCGUGAACCCGAAGAGGUGCCCUCGCUUUGCGAGACGUUUCGAGAAACGCAACGCCAAGAAUAGUUCUCCGGGAGACGCGACGUUCAAGAAGGAUGAGGAGGAACCCGACGCGCGACGAGUAAAUUUCCGCGGGCGACGCGAUCGCUCCACCAACGCUCCCGCACUCGAUAUCGAUCCCGAAAAGUGGAUCCGGAAGGAGAUCUAAUCUGUCACGAGACUGCAAGAGCAUCGACUGGUGGCCUGAAGAGGAUUCACCGCAAGCAGUCCCGCGUGCGAUGGUCCACGUUCGCGAGCUCCGCUGGAAGGGCGCCGCGUGGUAGAAGAGACAGUGCGUCAGUUCGCGUGCCAACAUCCGGUCACGAGGUGCGUUCGGAACCGAGAACACGGUGAACUUGCUCGGUGAACUUGUCCGACACGAACUUGCAGUCAGCUGGGUGGGCGCACGGACGCCACCGCGAUUUCGCUAUCCCUAUCGGUCAUCGUCAGUGCGCCGAGGAUAUCAGCGGAUCGAGGAAACGCGAUCUCGUGAUCUUCGAGUGUGCCAUCGGGUGCGGAGGGGAUGGAGAUGCGCCCAGUUCUCGUGGUGAUCUGUCUCCUUCUCGUCACUCCCAUCACCGGCUCUUUCUGGACUGUAGGAAGCCAGCUGGUGAUGGAUCCAAUGCUCGUCUGCAAGAAAACGAGGAGGCUGAAGGGGAAGCUCGCUGACAUUUGUCGCAAAGAACCAUCCCUGCUGAAAGAGAUCGCGAAAGGUAUCCAAGUAGGCACCAGGGAAUGUCAGUAUCAAUUCCGGAAUCGAAGGUGGAACUGCACCACCGUCAGGAGGUCUCUCAAGAAGAUCCUGAUCCGCGAUACACGGGAGACGGGUUUCGUGAACGCCAUCACCGCCGCCGGAGUUACUUAUGCGGUUACCAGGGCCUGCACUAUGGGUGACCUCGUGGAAUGCUCCUGCGAUAAGAUGACGUCGAAGGGUAAUCGAUUGGCCAAGUUCGCGCGUACGGCCGAAGCCAAGAAGAGUUUGCCAACGGAGGGCGACUGGGAAUGGGGAGGCUGCGGCGACAACGUGAACUUUGGCUUCAAAAGAUCCCGGGACUUCAUGGAUGCACCCUACCGCAAGCGGAGCGACAUCAAAACGCUGGUAAAGCUUCACAAUAACGACGCCGGUCGUCUGGCCGUGCGCAACUUCAUGAGGACCGAGUGCAAGUGCCACGGAUUGUCCGGUUCCUGUACAGUGCGCACUUGCUGGCGCAAGAUGCCGCCGUUCCGGGAGGUCGGCAAUCGUCUGAAGGAGUCGUUUGACGGCGCGGCCAAGGUCAUCCCCAGCAACGACGGUCACAACUUCAUCACCGAGGGUCCUACGAUCAAGCCGCCGGGUAGGUUUGACCUGAUCUACAGCGAGGACUCACCGGAUUUCUGUAAACCGAAUCGGAAAACCGGCUCGCUGGGCACGACAGGUCGCCAAUGUAACGCGACUAGUCCCGGGGUUGAAGGCUGUGAGCUCCUCUGCUGCGGCAGGGGCUACGACACCAGGAUCGUCAAGGAGAAGGUCAACUGCCAGUGCAGGUUCCGGUGGUGUUGCGAGGUCACGUGUAAUACGUGCCUGGUCAAGAAAACCGUCAACACCUGCCGUUAGCGGCGACGUAAGUAGAGGACUUUCGGCGUACCAAGGUGCGCGACAGCGCUAUCGAGGGUCGGUUCGACGCGAUAGCUGGCUCCGCGUGCAUCUGCGUUGCAGUGUUGCGGGAUCAGAGGAAACUGUAUAGAAGAGUGCCAAGUGUAUAGAACAGUGCCGAGAGAGACGGCCUGUGUGAUCGUGAUAGCGUACUGUGUUACGUAAUGACGUUUUGUAACGUAUCAAUUGCUAGGGUACGGCCUGAUCGUGAAUACUGAAUGACAAAUGUUUACGUGUGAUUUAUGAUUCGUCGUGAGCGCAAGGAUCUUGAUCAAAUCUAGGUUGCCAAGAAACACGCGCGAAUGUAGAGAGGAUGUUUAAUGAGGUUUAUCGUACGCGUCGCGUAAACGCGAGGAGCGGCAUUGGGAACGUCAGUAGUGCAUAUCUGAGCCAAGUCAGACGAGCGUCGCGAUGUGACGAUUCCUCGCGUUUUCUGCAAGGUAGAAUCCGUGUCUUUAACUAUGUGCCUAUGAAAUGUUAAUUAUAUCUAAAUAUCCUGAGAUUUAGAUAUGCUCAGGAUAGGAAGUAAUAAUAAUAGAAAAAGUUUACAGAUACGAAUCGACGUUGUGUGUUGUUUCGAUGCAUUUUAUUGCGCCACGCGGUAUAUGAAUCUGAUAGAUUUAUUAUAUAAAGCGUCAUGUCAACGCUGGCCAUGUAGGUUGUAGUCAAAGAUCUUUAUUGUUACGAUAUGAUCGAGUCGAUUCUAGGUUCUUUUCAUCUCCUAGGUCUUUGAAGGAUUAUUCUCUUUAAGGGGGGAGCCUGCUUUAGAACGUUGAAAAUAAGGUAUAAUUUGACGAAUUUUUUUGGAGAAACUAUA